GAGCGCCGGGAGGCGGGUGCGACGCGCGCGGGUCGGUUAAACCGCCCCGGGCCGCUGCGCUUCGGGCUGGCCCUGAGCGCCCGGGGGACGGUGAGGGGCUGUUCGGGGCGGCUGCCCGGAGGAGCAGGUAGAUCAGCGCCCCUGCAGUUUGACGUGCUUUCUUCCCGCUCGGUGCAGGUGACCAUGAGUGAUCACAAGGCCGUGAUCAAGGACACGGACAUGCCCGAGGAGAUGCAGCAGGACGCCGUGGAGUGUGCCGCGCAGUCCCUGGAGGAGUACAACAUCGAGCACGAGAUCGCAGCUCACAUAAAGAGGGAGUUUGACAAGAAAUACCAUCCCACUUGGCAUUGCGUUGUGGGAAGGAACUUUUGCAGCCAUGUGACUCAUGAGAGUAAGCACUUCAUCUACUUCUACCUGGGUCAUGUUGCUAUUCUCCUCUUCAAAUCCGGUUAGGACCGUGGACUGUUACUGAAACUUGCAUCUUGCUGACAGAUUGUAUGUUAACAGCAAACAGCCUAGUGCCUUCGGCCUUCCUGAGGAAACAGACCUUGAUAUUUUUUUUCCCCCAAGGAUUAUAUCGGGGAUUUUGCUGUAGAAGUUGGUGUGUUCAUUGUAGUUAAGGGAAAACACCAAAAAAAGACUACCUUGUCUUUAUUUCCUUUCUAAAGCCAGCUUCUUUCUUAAUAAAGCUAUUCUGUGUUCUGUCUCUAAGAA